AGGACAAAGGUGGCCGCAUCGCGGCGUCUCUUCAUAUAUGUACACUGUCGCCCCGCAAAUCAGGGAGCGGCGGUUGGAUUUCGACAGCCAUCCCUUCUGCUCUGCCAUCGCCCAUCUGCAUUCCAUCUCUCUCUCUCUCCAACUAACAAAGCACCGCAACUCCCCACAUCACACCGGUUCUCCGGUAAUCGAGACCGCCGAUGGCAGGGCCCACUCCAGAUGCGAUCGAGUCCUUCGUCGGAAUCACUGGUGCGUCCCACUCACUCGCCGUGCGGAAACUCGAGGAACACGGAGGCAAUCUGGACGAAGCUCUGAAUGCGCAUUUCAGCGGAAUAGAGAGCUGCAACCCGAAUGCAGUACCCAGCACUCUCCCUCUGUACAGUCCUGUAAAUGCUAGAAAUCAAGUACCAAAUGAGCCACGAGGCAUUUCACCAGUUAUUUCUGCUGUUCGAAGUUUUAGGCCAUCGUUGCUGCUUGACCCGAGCUAUAGGAGGAAUCUCUGGAACCAACUUGGUGCUUCUGUCUUCAACAGCGGUAGACCACCAACAGCUCCCACAAUACCUUAUGCCAGCGGUUAUGAGCCUCCGCCUUAUCAAUCAGGAGCAAGGCCUGCAAUGCAGGAUGCAUAUGGAGCUUCACUAUCUAAUCAUGUCCAUCCUUAUGGAACUAUGUCGAGAUGUGACGAACCACAUCCGAGUGAUAACAACGUGGAAGAAGAAAUGCUCAGGCGUGCAAUUGAGGCUUCAAAACAGGAUAUCCAAACCUCAUCCAGAGCAGGGGUUGUUCAGGGUGAACUUCAUUUAGAAGACGAGGAGCUUGCUCGUGCAGUAUCUUUUUCAAUGAAGACUGCAGAAGAAGAGAAGGCUAUGCGUGAGCUAGUGGCAAAAGACCAGGUUCGAGCUCAUGAUCUAAGUGAAAGGGCCGGAAGUAGCCAUAGCUGGCAGGAUGGGAGCUCGAGCUCAAGAGAGAAAGUUGUUGACGAACAAUUGUGGAGUGCCAUGUCUUCUGAGGAGCUUGAUGAAGCUAUUCUUCUCGAGACGGCAAUUUUUGGUCAAAAUUAUAGAGGAAGUUCCCAUAAACAUGCAUCAGUUGUGCCCACUUCUGGGGACAGAAGUAGUGUAUCUGUCAGUUCAAAAAGUGCACAAAAUCCCUUAUCUGACGUGCGGAAGGAACGGCAGUCACUUCGAGAGGAACAGGAUAACGAGUAUCUGGCUUCUCUCCUGGCUGAUAAGGAAAAGGAGGUGACAGUAUCAAAGAAAGCUGAAGUAUCUAGUCCAAUUGAAGAAGGAGGCUCCCAAAGUACAAUGCUUGAUGACGUGGGAAUGGAGAGGCUGCUUGCUGCAAAAGAAGCAUUGCUUCCUGAAGAGCCGCUUGUGGACGAGGAGAAUGCAGUGACUCUACUCCUGCGCAUGCCAGAUGGUAGUCGCCAUGGCCGCCGCUUUCUCAAAUCCGACAAGCUGAAAUGUGUGUUCGACUUCAUUGACAUUGGCAGAGCUGUUAAGCCUGGAACGUACAGAGUGGUGAGACCAUAUCCUAGGCGUGCUUUCUCUGUGGAAGAUGGCUCAUUGAGUUUGUAUGAAGCUGGUCUGAACAGUAAACAAGAAGCCUUGUUCUUGGAGUUCAUUUAGCCUUCACGCUUUACUUGCUUCGAACAUCACAGUUGAUCAUGAGGCGAUUGAGAGAGUAGCAGCCAGUGGGUGAAUAGAUUGCUGUAGUGUAUGGUACAAUCCAUCCCACUUGGUCCUUUCCUUUUGAAUUUUGCUGUGGUUUGUUUCCUUUUGCAACAUCACACUUGAUGGGUUUAGAAAUUACAGAAUUUCAAACGUGAAAUUUGGGGACUGCAACUGUCUUUUACGUUUGUAGAUGCAGAAACAAAUUACACAUUUCCUGUAAUUUCCUGUACGGCCCGGGCUGGGCAAGCUGUUGGUUGACCCUCUUGUAGUAUCCUAGCCGUUUCUGCCAUAGCUCUGUGUACUCGUUAAACUUGUCUGGAGUGGUUCCUUCAAGGGUUCCCAUUCCUGAUUCUUGCAGGGAUUACAGUUAAGCUUUCAGGCCAUUUGGGAGUGCCCCACCUGCUGUUUCCCUUACUAACGGUCAACGCGGUAAAUGUUACAUUUGGUAACUGAGAUUACUAAGUUGUGUCAUGUUUAGUCACUAGAAAAUUUUAAUAUCAAUUUUGGUCACUCGAAUUACGAAAAUAGGUCACAUUUAGUCACUCUCCCGUGGAGUUGGACAGAAACCAAUGGGAGAGUAACUAAAUGUAACAUGUUUCAGUAACUCGAGUGGCCGGAUUUGGAUGGAGGCUAACAAGAAAAUGACUAAAUGUGA